AUGGUCCCCCAACCGACGCAGUCGCCUCUCGAGUCGCCCCUUGAGCUCUUGAUCCACGCCUCAGCCUCCACCGGCUCCAGCCCUGGCCCAGGCACCAGCCCCAGCACCGCCACGGAUGCCUCACCUCCCCCACCGCCAGAUGGCAGUUCCUGGCCCCCCAACGGCUCCUGGCCGAUGGGCCGUGGCCGGGGUCUGGGAAGCGGCGAGGGGGUGAGCCCGUGGGACAUCGCCCUGUGCGCAGCAGGCACAGUCAUGGCCUGCGAGAACGCCCUGGUGCUGGCCGUGCUCUGUUGCACUCCCAGCCUUCGGGCUCCCACCUUUAUGCUUAUAGGUAGCCUCGCCCUGGCCGACCUGCUCUCUGGCGUAGGCCUGGUGGCCAACUUCGUUGUCAGAUGCGUGAUGGAUCCGGUGAGCGAUGCUGUAGCCCUGUGUCUGGCCGGUUUGCUGCUGUCCGCCUUUUCGGCCUCUGCUUGUAGUCUGCUGGCCAUCACGGUGGAUCGAUACCUGUCCCUGUACAGCGCUCUCACCUACCAGGCCGAACGCACUCUGCCCUUCACCUGUGGUCUCCUGGCGGCUCUCUGGCUCACCUGUCUCGGCAUCGGUGCUCUUCCCGCUAUGGGAUGGCAUUGCCUGGACACCCCUGACAACUGCAGCGUUCUGAGCCCCCUGACCAAGGAUCAGGCGGCCGGGCUGUCUGUCUCCUAUCUGUUCCUCUUUUCCUUUAUUCUGCAUCUCUACCUGCAGAUCUGCCGGGUCGCCUUCCGCCACGCGCAGCAGAUCGCUGUCCAGCGCCACAUUGUCAACAAUGCUGGCUCUCCCAUGCCGUCCGCCUUCUGCCUGGUGUCCAGCACUCGCAAGGGCGUGUCCACUCUCUCGCUGGUCCUGGCCACCUUCGCCUUCUGCUGGGUGCCCUUGGCCGUCUACGCGAUGGUGGCUGACCCUACCUAUCCUCAGGUCUACACCUACUUCCUGGCGCUGCCAGCCGCCUGCCACUCGGCCAUUAACCCGGUGGUCUACGGCUUUCGCAACCCAGAGAUUCAGAGGUCUCUGUCGGUUGCCUACACCACCUAUUUGCGCUCCCUCUUCUCCCGACCUCGGGGUUCCACCAGCAACGUCUGA